AUGAGCUUAAAUUUAGAAUUAGGAGUUAGAACAAUCGCAAAAGAAAACGUUGAGAUUGAAUUCAAAGUUGCGAAGUCAGAACAAAUGCUAUCACAAAAUGACUCACGGAAUGUGUAUACUAUCGUAUCGGAAGAAAAGAGCAAUUUUAUUGUUUCUCAAAAUGAGAAUGAUCUCACAUCCAAAUUAGAUGAUACCGGGGAAACCAAACAGGUAAAUAUAUUCGUCCCAAAAGAACAACCUUUGGAUAUCAGCGAGGUUAAAGACUUGAAAAUGUGGAUAUUGAUUAAUUUCUGGAUUCAAAGUGUAAGGGAAGAGAUUACUCAGAUUAUUAAAGACAAAACUUCGGAAUCAAAACUUAUUUUCUAUUAA